AUGAAGCUUCUUACAGUGAUCCUCUCCGCUGGACUUUUCAGUGCCGUCAAUGGCCAUUAUACGUUCACUAAUAUUAACGGGAACAGAAACGUCGUUCGCCAACCUGCCAACAACUCCCCUGUCACCGACGUGACCUCGACCCAAGUCCGCUGCAAUAGCAACGCACAGGCUAGUGAUGUGCUUACUGUCGCAGCAGGCUCAUCCUUGACUUUCGGUCUGGAUAAUACCUUCUAUCAUCUGGGUCCCGCGGCUGUGUACAUGGCCAAGGCUCCUUCAAGCGUGACAAGCUGGGAUGGCUCGGGUACAGUCUGGUUCAAAGUUGCAGAGUGGGGAGCUACCUUCAAUCCUUUCAGCUUCAAAGACUACAAUCUCUCCGGUCUCCAAUUCACCGUUCCACGCUCGAUAAGUGCCGGCCAAUAUCUCGUUCGUGCCGAACAGAUUGGUUUGCACGUCGCUGGUGCUCCUCAGUUCUAUGUCAGCUGCGGUCAGAUCAAUGUCACCGGCGGUGGAUCUGCGAACCCAUCCAAGGUGGCUAUCCCUGGAUAUAUCAGUAAAUCGGAUCCAUCUAUAACCUUAAAUAUUUACAACCCAGUUCCCACGGCCUACAGAGUCCCUGGCCCUUCGGUCUUUUCUGGCUGA